AUGGACUCCGUUGCCCUCGAAAACAUCUGGGACGCGCCAGUCCUCAAUUCUCCUCCUCGCAGCUCGGCAGUCAGCACUCGCGAGAGUCCUACAUCAGAUAACUUGCAGGCUCGGCCUUCCAAACGACCACGAUCGUCUCUGUUCCUUGACUCUGAUUCCGACGAUGCCGGCGACCAGCAAACCGCGGAGGAUUCUGGCCUCCCUCCCUCUAACAAAGCCGAAAUUGAUGCCAUGUUUGACAGCUUGGACGAUGCAGCGUUCGAAGACCUCCCUGCUCCUCUCGAUUUGGGUGCUCUACGACGACAAGAAGACGCAAAGAACGCAAAGGCGUUUCCUGAGGGGACGCCCCUCGAUGGAGUCUCCGGCUCAACGCAAGGGAACUUGGGCGAUGGGGAGUCUAAAGAAGAGAAAGGGGCAAAAGAGAAGCGAAAACCGCUUCCCAAACUUGAUGAGGCUCGAUUACUUGGACCUGAUGGAUUUCCGACACUUGUGAAGCAGGUAAAGAACUUCAAGCCUAAGGGCAAAGGGCACGAGGUCACAGAUUUGAAUAGGUUACUGCAGGUCUAUCAAUUUUGGGGACAUAAAAUGUAUCCCAAAAUGCCAUUUCGUGACACUGUCCAGAGAGUGGAGAAGUUGUGUCACUCCAAACGAAUGAAUGUCGCGUUAAGCGUUUGGAGGGACGAGUCUAAAGGUCUCGUCAACGGGCGAAAGAUAGACAUGCCGUCAGAUUCAGACUCCGGCGGCAGUGAUGGAGACGAGGAAGAUGCAGAAGCGAAGCAAACUCCCUCGGGCAAUACGAAGGACACUACAGAUAACAUGGAGCUGCCGUCUUCGCGGGCACCUUCUCAGCCUCCAUCGUCAGCCUCUGAACCAUCAUCGUCGGACGCAUUGGAUGACUUUGACAUCGACGCUAUUAUACGUGAAGAGGAGCAGCGCGCCACCGUUGCUCAUCCUCCUUCGAAUUCUGGUAGCACCUACUUGACAAGAGAGCCGCCACAAGCUAUGCAGAUUGACACGGCUGAAGAUGAGGCCCUGUGGGACGAUCUCAUGAAUGAUCUUCCUGACAGUACGCAAGCAGCUUCUAUACAGGCCACCCAUCCUGUAGAUCGAAGUCGCAGCUUCCAGCCGCACGACUCUGACGGAGAUGAGGAUAUGUGGGAUGUUGUAAGAGAACUCGAAGCAGCAUCGUCCACUCAUCAAGAUACUCCAGGAUCUGCCACCACAGUCAUAAAUAUUCAUCAUGAUGAGCAGCCCCCUCCCCAAGUCGAAGCAUCAGCAGCAAUCAGACCCACGAAUGAGGAAGGGUGGGAUGAGAUGUACUUGUAG